GCAAAUUUGAAUCAUGCUGAUCAAGAUGGGAGGACGGCACUAUGUGUUGCCGCGUUUUGUGUGCCGCAGUCAGCUCUGCACAGUGCGGUAGUGGCAAAGCUGCUUCAACUUGGAGCUGAUCCUAACAUCGGUGACAGGGAGCAUGUCACUCCUCUGAUAGGCGCUGCCAACACUGGCAGACGGGACGUUUGUGAACUCUGUUUGGAAGCCGAUGCUGAUGUCGAUCUAGUUGACAAGAGCGGUCGAAGUGCUCUAGUCGCAGCUGUCGUAAAUGGUCACGUGGAGGUUGUUCAGCUGCUUCUUUUCUGGUGCGCAGCCGUGGAUACAAUCGAUCUGAAUGGUCGGUCGGUUCUAAGCAUUGCUGCCGCCUGUGGUCACACGCAGGUCGUCCGUCAACUUCUUGAUCGGGGUCUAGAUGAAGGGCAUCGAGAUCAUAUGGGUGCGACUCCCCUGCACUUAGCUGCCGCUGCUGGUCACGCUGAAGUGGUUAGACUCCUAUUAGAAGCCGGUUCUCAUCCAGAUGAAAUCGAUAAUGUAGGACAAACUCCCCUUCUUGUUGCUUGUCAGGCUGAUCAUGUUAGCGUUGUUUAUCUCCUCCUCAAACCAGCCAUUUCAGUAGAUACAGGAGCAGAUGUUGAUCUGAUUCAUGAGCUCUUUGACGCUAUGACAAUGAGUCGAGGUGGAAGUGGAGACUUAAAGCAUGAUUCUGGUGAUCCUCAUCGGGUUUAUGACCCUUUGACAACUGGAGGACAAGAUGGAUUUCUUGGGCAAGCUGUCCUAACUACUAUUGAUCGGCCGUCGAUGGAUGGCCGAAGUCCACUACGGGUUGCUGCAUUGAAUAACAAUAUUCCACUGGUUAAACUUCUUAUUGCUCUUGGCGCUGAUCCAGACCAGCAGGAUGCGUUUGGUCGAACUACGCUAAGUGUAGUGGUUCUAGAGGGACUGGUGAAGUUAGUCAAGGUGCUUCUCUUCACUCCAACAGCCCGCUUCCGAUCCGGAAGUGGAGAUGGUGGAAAAAAGAGGCAAACAACGGGUCUCGUUGGUGCAAAUCCUCUAAUUGCAGAUGACGAAGGACGAUUCCCCCUCCAUAUUGCUGCCUGGCAAGGCGACCUCGCUUUGGUUCAUCUUCUCGUUCAGGUUGGAACUCCUGUAGAUGUAAGAGACAAAGAGAGUCGAACUCCCCUUCAUUCAGCCGCCUGGCAGAAUCAUGCAAAGACUUGUGGGGCGUUAAUCGACCUAGGUGCAAAUAUUAACACCGUGUGUAGUCAAGGCGCUUCAGCACUCUGUAUUGCCGCACAGGAAGGACAUCUAGGGGUUUGUGAACUGCUUUUGCAGAGGGGUGCCAACGCUCUGCAAGUAGAUGCUUAUGGUCGAACACCCUUCAAGGUUGCAAUGAAAGCCGGUCAUGGGGAGAUUUGUGCUCUUCUUGAGAGUUACGGAGCAGCACCUCCCCCUUCCUCACCUACACGUUCCCGUCAUCGUUGGAAACAGAUGACUCCGAUUGGAGCCACUAAGUCAACUCAACAGACUCAAUCACAUAGGCACCAUCGACAACUGCAUCAUAGUCAACAGCUUCAACCCAGACCUGACCGGGAAAAUGCGGCUGUCGACCACAACGCAUCUGGUUUGGCAGGAUUUGGAGGUAAUACUAAGAUGGGAAGUGUGUAUUGA